AUGGUUGUCAUCGGCUUGAUGGGAAACGGAUUCAUCACCAUUGCAAGUGGCUUCGAAUGGUCCAGAAACAAAACGCUCUCUUCCUCCGACAUGAUCCUGUUGGUGCUGAGUGUGUCCCGCCUUCUUUUCCUGGGGCUAACUUUGGGCAUCCAUUACUCAGUUUUUACUGACAUCAGCAAUCCAAAACAUAUGCCAAAAUCUGUCGUUUUCCUCUGGGCAUUUUUCAAUGCUGUUACUCUGUGGACAGCCACGUGGCUUGCUGCCUUUUACUGCAUGAAAAUUCUCACCUUUACCCAACCUCUCCUCGUGAAAAUUAAGAUGGGGAUCUCCAGGAUGGUUCCACACCUGCUCCUAGGAUCAGUGUUGGGUUCCUUACUUGUCUCCCUUCCUUUCAACUGGUUUGAAGAUUGCUACCAAUGCUGCAAUGGGACAAAUCUCCCUUUGGGUAACAGUACUGGGAGGUGUUAUGUUCAGACCACUGGGAUGCUAUUUUCUUCUCUUCUGUACAUUGCAGGGACAUUCCCAUCCUUUAUUAUAUGCUUAGCUUCUUCUGUCUUCUUGAUUCAGUCCCUUCUGCACCAUGUUAAGAGGAUGCAACAGAACAGAGAAGGUUUUAGAGAUCAGAGGAUGGACGUUCAAUUGAGAGCAGUCAAGAUGGUGGCAUCAUUCCUUCUCCUCUACACUGUAGCCUUUGCAGCUGAGAUUUCACUCAUGUUGUUCAUCAAUCCCUUGACAGUGGUAUUCUCCAUUGUUAUGGUGGCCGGAUAUCAUUCAGGACAUGCCAUCAGUUUGAUUAUCACAAAUUCCAAACUCAGGCAGAUGUUCCUCAUGACUUUGUGGGAUCCUCUGCGUCAGAGACUGUGGGCAACUAUAUCACCUUCCUAUCCCAAGACUCCCAAAGGAACGAGUCAGUCUUAG